GUGACGUCGUGUAUUUACAUGGAAAACAAGGAAGUGCUGUGCCUGCAAAACGACUUCUCCUGAGCGACCGAUGUUUGUGUGACAUUACAGGUGGUUAAAGGACGAUGUGAUGGUCCAGACGCUCGCGCAGGAAACAUGGCAUUUAGUUUUCUACGUGGUCUCCUUUUCGUCGCCCUGACGACGUGGACCACAGCAGUAGAUGGACCGGUGACAUUUGUCUCAGAGCUCUCGUCCAAACCAGCUCAGAAGUUGUCCAAGUAUGGUUGGUACGGCAACGUGAGGCUGCACAGGUUUCAGGUACCAGAGGAGACAGCCGUCGCUCGCUGGCUGUUCUCAGUCACAAAGGGCCACUCCUUCCACUGUGGACAGCACAAUGUCUCCAUCCAUAUUCAGUAUGGUGCCCCUCCAGUUAUCAACCCAACAGGGACAGUGUUUCCCAAUUCAACACUAUGGAGCCCCUGUGUGUCUCUGAGCCUACCGGUGACUUCAAACAACUCCACGACCUUUAACCUCUCCAAUCCUGCUCCCGGUGAUUGGUACAUUGGUGCCCACUUGCCUGAAGAUGAUGGGCGCAUAGAGCAGAAGGGCUUUCCAUCUUGCUCGUACUUCUUCCAGCCUCAGCUAUCAAUCAGGAGAGCAGUGGACACGCCCAUUUUACAGCAGGGCACAUUCCUCCAGCAGACCGCAGCAACUGACAGACCUGCCCGCCUUAAGUUGUAUGUUCCAGAGUUUGCCUCCUCUCUGUCCGUCUCUGUGGCUGACUGUUCGUCAGAGGAGGGAGCCGACAGUGGAAACUGUUCACUAGUCCUCAGGCUCGGCUCUACAUCUCUGCAGCACCGCCCAGUCACAGUGAACUGUUCAGGGAUUGGCUGCUCUGCUGCUCUUUCUAACCCACCUUGGGAUACCUGGUUACGAGUUGUUGUGGAGAGCAGCAUAGAAAACCGUACUGUGACCUUUAGUAUCGUCUCAAACUGCACAGUGGGGUGCAAGCCAAAAAGUGUCGGCCUUAAAGCAGACGAUGUCAUCAACAAGCUCCGUGGCAAUAGCAGCGAUUCCAACUCAACAUCAGCAAGCAACAACUCCACGAUUACAGAUGCAGUCACCUUAAGCAACGAAUCGGCGUCCCUGUUCACCCCGUUGUCAGCGUGUGUGUGGAGAAUCCCCGUGCUCUACGAGGAGGUAGAUGUUCUGUCACUUCGAUUCACGCCUGCCACCGGACCCAACGUCAGUGUUACAGAUGCACACCCCACCCUGCUCACCUACCCCCUGUACACACAAGCCACUGGUGGUACACUCAACCUACAGCUCACACUCAACACUACUAAUGCAACCCUGGGAAACAGCAGCAGUGUGGUCGCCUGUCUCUCUCCGUGGGCUCCAGUCCUCGAACUCAACCACUCUCAACCCUGUCGCACAGCUUUGUUUGGAGGAUACAGUGUUCGCGUGAAUGCCAGUGAUCCCAAAGCUGUGGUCCGGUUGCCUUUUCCUCAGUCAACAACAUGGUACCUCACCCUGCAGCUUACAUGCAACAGUAGUGACUGUGGUAAUACAUCAUUGGUGUCUGUGGUCCCAGAGGUGUUUAUCAGUGCCUGUGUUGAGGACUGUGGGACAUACGGGGAAUGUAGACUACUUAGAUCCUACAGCUACCUGUACGCUGCCUGCGUCUGCAAGGCUGGCUGGAGCGGUUGGGGCUGCACUGACGAUUCAACAGCUCAGUCGUACCGUCGCCAGUUGACAGCAACUCUUCUGCUCACGCUCAGUAACCUGUCUUUCCUGCCUGCCAUUGUGGUGGCCAUCAAACGCUGCUACAUCACUGAGGCCUCCGUCUACCUUUUCACAAUGUUCUUCUCCACGUUUUACCACGCAUGCGACCAGCCGGGUGUAGCAGUAAUGUGUAUAAUGGACUACGAUGCCCUCCAAUAUUGUGAUUUCCUGGGGUCGAUCUGUUCCAUCUGGGUCACCAUCCUGUGCAUGGCUCGCAUCAGAGACGCAUUCAAAUAUACUCUGUUUAUGCUCGGGACUCUGCUCAUAGCCAUGUCAAUGCAGCUGGACCGCAAAGGCCUGUGGAACCUGUUGGGUCCCGUCCUCUGUGCCAUACUGUGCAUGGUCACUGCCUGGGUGUACCGAGGAGUGCAGCGGCGUCAUUGUUACCCGCCUUCAUGGAAACGCUGGGUCCUCUUCCUGAUCCCCGGGGCACUCUGUGCCCUCAUCGGGAUAUGUUUGUACAUUUUCACUGAGACGGAGGACAACUACUACUACACACACUCGCUGUGGCACAUCCUGGUGGCCGGCUGCGUAGUGUUCCUGCUGCCGCCAAAGGAGAAGAACAGGGAGUCGCUAGGCUGGAGCAGGGGCUGGAGCUGGAGCUGGAGACCCCGGGUUUGUGGGUACACUCUCUGUCAGAGUGACAAGGAUGAACUGUACAGUGUCACAUAGUCGGAAGUGACUGGGCAUUGAUUGUUAAACAGCACUGUAAACAUUCACAAAACAAAAUCGUUUAAGACUAACUCUUAAAAUGUUCUUUAUAUAUUGAAUAAAACAUUUAAAAAAAUCUAAUUUAGACCUAUAUUCUCAUAGGUCUGCCAUUUUAAGACUUAAAUAAUUUUGCAGACAUCCUAAAAUACACACACACUCCAUUUAACCCAAAUCAAAUCUGCUGAAACCUUCUAUUCCUCAAGCUUGUGUAUGAACAUUAAAACCUCUAAGUAACAAACCACCUGACCUUUGACCUCAUGGUCAGAGACCUGCACUAUGAAGUCAGUUCAACACACCACGUUCCCGCUAAGCGGUACUCAACGGUGGUCAUCAACUCGGUAAAAUUGGUCGAGCGGCUUAUUUUAUAGAGCAAACUAUAAUAUUAGUCAAAUACGCAGAAGUGAAAUGUAUAACUCCCAGGCUAAAAGCACAGGAAGAACAGCUGGCAAACAAAUCGCUUACAAUGUGAACGUGUAGAUUAACAGGUUGAUUUACACAGUCUGCAAUUUACUAAAUUUUCUGUCUGCUUUCCGUGUUUACUAAUACUUGUAUUUGUUUAAUAUUAUUUUACGACCCACUCACCAAGCUUGGAUUGGUUAGUAGGCGGUGCUUGUAUGAAUGAGUUGAUCUCGUUUCUCGCAUUCUCACUCCCAACUCGUCAACCUAUGAAGCUCGGUUUUAGAUUUGUCAUUUUCCACUCGUACAUGCAACGCCUCUUCAAAAUCCACUUGUGUUUUCACAGGGAGUGAGGAUUGGGCAACAGCACCUCUAAAUUAGGUUUAGGAAAAGAGGUUGAUGUUGACUUUACUGACCAAUGAUUCACGUGACAAAAUGUCAACGUUUACUUUUAGUUUCGCACAGCAUAUGAACGGAGGCCUCCGGGAUGAAGGUCCUGUUUGUUUGUUUGUUUGUUUGUUUGUUUGUUUGUUUGUUUGUUUCAACCUCAAGUUACCUCGUUCUUCCCAAAUCCCGCUUCCUAGUACAAGACCCUGCUACUUGUCAGCUGUGAAAUCAACGUUUUUAAAUAUUUAUAAGGAGUCAGACUUUUUAAAUCUUCAUAUUCAGACUACUGCUAUCGAGUCUGCUGAUAAAAUAUAAAAUAUUUAUAGUCUAUGUAGACACUCCUCAUUCUUGGAUCGGCUUGUAUUUUUAUUUUCCGCACAGGCCAAUGCAAAGAUUUGAAAACUAUUUCAACUUUUUUGUAUCCAUUUGAGAUGUGCUUUAUUAACUGCCAUGUGGUUUAAACAACCUUUUAAACUAGUUUGGCUUUUUUUCUUUCAACCAUAUUACACGGUCUUCAUCAGCCUAAGAAGUUAGCUUUUUAUCUUCAAAGUUUAAUUGAUACAUUUCUUCCCACAUGUAUCAUGCCUUCUCACAAUCUUCAUGUACUGUAGCCUCUAUCAGAUGGCCGGAGGUUAUAUCCGUGUACAGAUUGACAUAAGCAGCUUGUAUUGAAACUGAAUGAGUUUCAAUAAAAACAAGUAACUUUUCUUGCCGACUCUCUUAUCAUCUCGUGUUUAUUUUCCAGCUCUAAAAAUGUAUCCGAUUUUACUUUUUACCAACACUCGUUCUGAAGCACUGUUAUGAUUAAAAAGAGAACUCCACUCUAAUCUACACAGCCCAUGUGUAUAAGAGUGGCCACUAUGAAUGUAUAUUCAGAUUACUGUUUCCAGUGCCUCCUCUCGUCCGUGAAUGAAUGUGUGUGUUUUGUCUCUUGCACCAGUGAAGCUACUGAGCACUUUCCUUACUUUAUUUAAUGUAAGACAUAUUGAAUAAGUGUUGUCUUUUACUAUGUGUCCCAUGCUCUGAUGAUUUUCUCCUUAUGAUUUUGCACAGUUUCAAAUGUAAUGCUUCUGUCACACUUGCAUAGUCUUUCUUUUUAUAUUAAAUAUUGUGUUUUACUCUUGAAUGAGAGUGUUGAAUCACCUUUUUUAGUUGUCACAUUUAAUUAAGAGUAUGAAAGGCGUUCUACCACUGCAACACAUUGUAGCUCUUAUGUGUGUAAGGAUGAAGAAAUGUGAUGUUCAAUGUAAAACAUGAUUUUACUUCCUUUAUUGGUCUUCUACUUUCCAAUCCAUUUACAAAUCCAAAUAGCAUUUAUCCCACCAAAAAUAAAUCUGUGGUAUAAAGAGA